AAUCAGCUGCGGGGGCGGCGAGCGGAGGAGCGGGAGGAGGAGGAAGGGGAGGAGGAGGACCACGACGACGGGAAGGGGACCCGAGAGGGGGCGAGCGACCGAGCGCGGCGACGCGGGGUGAGUGUGGUGUGGUGUAAAGGAAUUCAUUAGCCAUGGAUGUAAUCAAGAAGGGACUUUCAAAGGCCAAGGAAGGAGUUGUGGCUGCUGCUGAAAAAACCAAACAGGGUGUGGCAGAGGCAGCAGGAAAGACCAAAGAGGGCGUUCUCUAUGUAGGCUCCAAAACCAAGGAAGGAGUGGUUCACGGUGUGACCACAGUGGCUGAGAAGACCAAAGAGCAAGUGACAAAUGUUGGAGAGGCGGUGGUGACAGGGGUGACAGCAGUAGCACAGAAGACAGUGGAGGGAGCAGGGAGCAUUGCAGCUGCUACAGGCUUUGGCAAAAAGGAUCAGUUGGGCAAGAACUCCAGCUGCAGGGCCCAGGCUUCCUCUCACAGUCUCCCCAGUGAUUUAUUGCAAUUCCAAGGAGUGAAGAAGGAGCCCCACAGGAAGGAAUUCUGGAAGAUAUGCCCGUGGAUCCUGACAAUGAGGCUUAUGAAAUGCCUUCUGAUUUUCCUAAUAUUAGGAAGGGUAUCAAGACUAUGAACCUGAAGCCUGAGAAAUAUCUUUGCUCCCAGUUCCUUGAGACCUGCUGACAGAUGUUCCAUCCUGUACAAGUGCUCAGUUCCAACGUGCCCAGUCAUGAUAUGUUCCCAAAGUUUUUACAGUGUAUUUUGAACUCUUCCUUCUGCAGUGAUUAAAGUAUCUGUACCUGCCCCCACUCAGCGUUUCGGUGCUUCCCUCCCAUGGAAGUGAGUAUAUGGUAGCAGGGUCCUUGUGUGCUGUGUGGAUAUUGUGGCUUCAAAUCUAAAAUAUUAAAAUAAAUUUAAAACACCUAAGUGACUACCACUUAUUUCUAAAUCUUCACUAUUUUUUUGUUGCUGUUGUUGAGAAAUUGUGAUUUACUAUCAUAUAUGAGAUUUUUAGGUGUCUUUUAAUGAUUCUAAGAGUAAUGAUGUGUUGUGAAAUUUAUUAAUAUAUACAGUACUUAAAAACAUGAGCAUGAAACUAUGCACCUAUAAAUAUUAACCAUGAAAUUUUA